AUGUACAAGCCGCGCGUUCUGCUGGCUGCUGCAGCGCUCAUCCUCCUGCUGGUCUUGAUCGUCAGCCAUGCCAGUUCGGAUGCGCACAUUCGCGAGCAGCUGCGGGUCAAGCAGCAGCACGCUGACGAGCUCUCGGAUUACGUCCAGCAGCUCGCUGUUGAGGCGACGUCCUUUACAGAUGAGAGCCUGCCAACGCCGGCGCAAUUGUGCACCAACAAUACACUCACGCUGGCGAUCGUGGUGCCCUUCCGAAGGCGAGACGAGCACUUGCAAGUCUUCCUGCCUUGGAUGCGACGACACUUGCUGACCGAGCACGCCGUUCGGACGCAAGAGUGGUCGAAAGGAAAGGCAGAUCCCCUGAAGAAGCCCAUUUGUCGCUUUGCAAAGUUUGUGGUUGUCGAGCAAGCAGACAAUUUACCGUUCAACCGAAACUGGCUGCUCAACAUCGGAGCGCGUUACGCACAUGAAACGUACGCCGCCGAUGUCGUGGCAUUGCACGAUGUGGACACGCUGCCAAUGGAUGGCGUGAGCUAUCUGACCGUCCCACCACUGCCACUUCAACUCAGUGCGGAACUCGAUCGAAUCGGAUUUAUUCCGGCUUCGCCGCAUCACACUGGCGGCGUCAAUCUCUUGCAGUAUGCUCAAUUGGUCUCCGUCAAUGGCUUUUCCAACGAGUUGGAUGACUCGGCAGAAGGGUACGACGGCUGGAAGCCUUUUAAUUUUUGGAGUGUUGGUUUCACUUUUUUGUGUUGCGCUGUAAAGAACUUUUUCAAACGAUUGCAGAGUGUCGGAUGGCUUCACAACGCGAAGGUCAUGAACCGCCCUCCAGUUGGCGAAGGGCGGUUUUUCACGCUGUCAUCUCGAUUCCACAACACCCAUUCAAAGACAAUCUAUGACGAUUCCGGUCUCGUUAAGUCCAUCAAGGGCUGGUUUUCAAACCCCUUGGAGGACGUUGUUGGACCGAUGCAAGCCGACGGGCUCUCCAAUGCUCGCUCCAACCUCAAAGAGCUCGUCGAGGUCUCUGAGGACACUGUCCUGCUUCGCGUUGUUCCACAAUAA